AUGGGUGAAUCCAGACAAGAACUGCUUGCUUGGCUUAACAACCUGCUGCAGCUGAAUUUGACCAAGAUCGAACAAUGCGGAACCGGAGCCGCACUAUGCCAAAUCUUCGACUCGAUAUUCAUGGACGUCCCCAUGUCUCGAGUAAAAUUCAACGUUAACUCGGAAUACGCCUACCUCCAGAACUUCAAGGUCCUCCAGAACGUUUUUGCGCGUCACCAAGUGGAGAAGCCGAUCCCCGUCGAAUCGCUCACCAAGUGCCGGAUGCAAGAUAACCUAGAGUUCCUCCAAUGGACAAAGAGAUACUGGGACCAACACUACCCAGGCGGGGACUAUGACGCUGUCGCUCGCCGAAAGGCUUCCGGAGGACCUCCCGCCUCCGCUCCUCGUGCUGGUGCAACCUCUGCUAGCAGUGCCCGACGUGGAACCACUCCCACCAUCGGCGGGCGCGCACGACCUGCCGCCGGCGGAGCUGCGUCGGCCAGUGUAGCCGCUCUGCAGGCGGAGCUUGCUUCGAACAAGGAAGCAAUGGCUGGCUUGGAAAAGGAGCGCGACUUUUACUUUGCUAAGCUCCGCGACAUUGAGCUGCUGUUGCAGAACGCGAUUGAGGCGGAUCCCGAGCUGGAAAAGGAGGAAGACACUCUUGUGAAGCACAUUCAGGGAAUCCUCUACUCGACAGAGGAAGGAUUCGAGAUCCCUGCCGAAGCCGAAGGCGCACAUGACGAGCUGGAGACAUUUUAA